ACUUUCGGUUGACCCCGACUCGGAGGACAGGCCGGCAGACCCGGUCCCCCCGCCCGCCGAGGUGGUGCGCUCCGGGCGGGGCCGCCCCUCCCCGCGGCGCCCGGGCUGACGCCCCGGCGCACAGCCGCGCCGCGAGCCGGAGAUGCUGCCGCCCGCGCUGCGCCGCGCCCUGCUGGCCCGCCCCUGGAGGUGGGCCGGACUGCGGUGGAAACAAACCUCCUCCCUGACGGUGGCCAAUGAGCCCGUCUUGGCGUUCACACGGGGCAGCCCUGAACGAGAUGCACUGCAAAAGGCCUUGAAGGACCUGAAGGGUCGGACAGAAGCCAUCCCAUGUGUGGUGGGGGAUGAGGAAGUGUGGACCUCGGAUGUGAGGUACCAGCUGUCGCCCUUUAACCACCGACACCAGGUGGCUAAGUUCUGCUAUGCAGACAAGGCCCUGCUCGACAAGGCCAUCCAGGCCGCCUUGGCCGCCAGGAAAGAGUGGGACCUGAAGCCUGUCACAGACCGGGCCCAGGUCUUCCUGAAGGCGGCAGACAUGCUGAGCGGGCCACGCAGGGCAGAGGUCCUUGCCAAGACCAUGGUGGGACAGGGUAAGACGGUGAUCCAGGCCGAGAUCGAUGCCGCGGCCGAGCUCAUCGACUUCUUCCGAUUCAAUGCCAAGUUUGCCAUGGAGCUAGAGGGGGAGCAGCCAAUGAGCGUGCCGCCCAGCACCAACCGUGUGGUGUACCGCGGGCUGGAGGGCUUCGUGGCAGCCAUCUCUCCCUUCAACUUCACCGCGAUCGGCGGCAACCUGGCGGGGGCGCCGGCCUUGAUGGGCAACGUGGUCCUGUGGAAGCCCAGUGACACUGCCAUGCUGGCCAGCUAUGCCGUCUACCGCGUCCUCCGGGAGGCUGGCCUGCCCCCCAACAUCAUCCAGUUUGUGCCAGCUGAUGGGCCCACAUUUGGGGACACCGUCACCAGCUCAGAGCACCUGUGCGGCAUCAACUUCACAGGCAGCGUGCCCACCUUCAGACACCUGUGGAAGCAGGUGGCCCAGAACCUGGACCGGUUCCGCACCUUCCCACGCCUGGCCGGAGAGUGUGGCGGGAAGAACUUCCACUUCGUGCACUGCUCGGCCGACGUGGACAGCGUGGUGAGCGGGACCCUGCGCUCGGCCUUCGAGUACGGAGGCCAGAAGUGCUCGGCCUGCUCCCGCCUCUACGUGCCUCGCUCGCUGUGGCCGCAGAUCAGAGGGCGCCUGCUGGAGGAGCACGGCAGGAUCAAAGUGGGCGACCCUGCAGAGGAUUUUGGGACCUUCUUCUCUGCAGUGAUUGAUGCCAAGUCCUUCGGCCGCAUCAAGAAGUGGCUGGAGCAUGCCCGCUCCUCGCCCAACCUCACCAUCCUGGCCGGGGGCAAGUGUGACGACUCCGUGGGCUACUUCAUGGAGCCCUGCAUCGUGGAGAGCAAGCACCCUGAAGAACCCAUCAUGAAGGAGGAGAUCUUCGGGCCUGUGCUGGCCGUGUACGUCUACCCGGACGACGAGUACAAGGAGACGCUGCGGCUGGUGGACAGCAGCACCAGCUACGGCCUCACGGGGGCGGUGUUCGCCCGGGAUAAGGACGUUGUCCAGGAGGCCACGCGGAUGCUGAGAAACGCUGCUGGCAACUUCUACAUCAACGACAAGUCCACCGGCUCGGUGGUGGGCCAGCAGCCCUUCGGGGGGGCCCGAGCCUCUGGCACCAAUGACAAGCCGGGGGGCCCCCACUACAUCCUGCGCUGGACGUCGCCCCAGGUCAUCAAGGAAACCCACAAACCGCUGGGAGAUUGGCGCUACUCGUACAUGCAGUGAGCCCCGUGCGGCGCCUCCGCCGUCCUCCUGUCUGUCCGUCCAGACUACUGACUUAGUGCGCUGGCCCCUCCCAGCCCCCCACCCCGCUCCCCGUGGACAGCCCCCUGUC